GGAAGAUUUGUGCCUCGAAAGGGAAGAUGCACGAACAGAGACAGGAUUGUGCUGCAUUUCAUUCGACACUCGAGAAACCAUGGCUAGCAUCUUUGGUUUUUGGAACUAGAAAAAAAGUCCGUUAAAAGGGAAUGUCAAUUCUAACAAAAGACAUGGACGUUUGGGGAAUUUAGAUCUGAGAUAUUGUUGAGCGCUAAACGAACGAGCCUUUCAACGGAAUAAGCGCUUGUUUGUUUUGACAGCUCUGCAUUUGCAGUGUAUUUGAUAUAUUUAACUAUUGAACGACUCGAACGUGUAUCCUCUAAAUUAUAGUGUGAAGAAGCCAUUGUUGGGUAGUUCACGGUUUUGCAUCGGCGGAAAGAGCCACGUCACAUCGUGUGAACGUCAACGUUUGAACAGCAUUGCUCCUUGGUCCCCUAACAUCAACUAAAGAUCACGGACAUUUGGCAAUUAUGGCUCCGAUGGGUAUCCGCCUGUCCCCUUUUGGCGUGGCCGUCUUCUGCCUUCUAGCAAUCGGCAUUUUAUAUCAUAUUUACGCCGGGGUUAUCUCCAGCAGACUGGCUGCUUUCAGUCAAAGGAAGAACAUAGAUCUGAGAGAACUUUUGGCAGUAUCGGUGGAGGCUGCAGUACUUGGAGGCAAACAAGUGACAAAAGUACGUGAGGAAAACAGUCUGAAGGAGCAGUCAAAGGGGAAGACAAAGGAGGGGGCCAGUGAGCUUUUGACCAUGGGGGACCUACUGUCUCAUCGAAAAAUGUACAACCUUAUGAGGAACACCUUCCCAGAGAUCACGGUGAAUAGUGAGGAACAUGACAACGUGGUUGAUAAAACCACAAUCUGGAGCCGGGACAUUCCAGCAGACAUACUAAAGAAGAUCGAAGGGCGCAAGGAAGUUCCUGCCGACAGUGUCACUGUAUGGAUUGAUCCUUUAGAUGCCACGCAGGAAUACACAGAAACAUUGGUCAAGUAUGUGACAACAAUGGUAUGUGUGGCUGUUGGAGGUAAACCAGUCAUUGGUGUAAUACACCAGCCAUUCACAGGCUUCACUGCAUGGGCGCUUGUGGAUCAGGGAUCCAAUAUGACUCCUCGCUCAUCCUAUAGUGUUAAUCCUCCUAAAGUAAUUGUGUCCCGUUCCCAUUCAGGGAAAGUUAAAGGCUUUAUUCACAAUGCGUUCGGCAAUAACACCACAAUUAUAGAAGCAGGAGGAGCAGGCUAUAAGGUCCUGUCACUCUUGCAGAUGCCUCCAAGUGACAAGGAGCCAAUGGACCAGGCAGAUGUUUACAUUCACAUAACUUUCAUCAAGAAAUGGGACAUCUGUGCCGGUGCAGCACUACUAUCUGCACAUGGGGGCCACAUGACAACUCUCAAGGGAGAAGAGAUUGACUACAGUGGGACCCCUCUUAACAAAGGAGGACUGGUGGCCAGCGUAGGUAUUGACCAUCAGGCCUUGUUGGAAAAGCUGCCAAACUGGGAUCCCGAUAAGCAGUGAAAGCCUGAAAGGUACUGGUAAUUUGGUCAGACUUUGUAUAGCCAUCAUUUCCCAGGCCUUCUCUUCUAGAGAGGGGUUGACAACAAACAUUAACAGACUUCAUGAGGAGCACAACUUCAAUCAGCCACAAUUCAAUAACAGGAACCCAACAGAGCCAACUUUGCUGAUGGGGCGCCACACUUCAACAUGAAUAUAGUGUAUAGUUGCAGCUUCAUGAACUGGUACAUUUUAUGGAACAGUAACGAAAAUUUACACUGCUAUGUUAAUUCAGUCUUGGAAUACCUGGAUUAUGUGCUGCAUCAGUCCCUUCUGCUUCCCAUGUUUUAGUGAUGGUGUUUGUCCUCCUUGAAUUUGCAUGGACAUGAAUGUUACUUUUCCUCACUGUCUCCUCCUACAUUGGAAAUGGACACACUGAAAAGUAUUCCUUAGAUGGUUUAUAAUUGCAGAAGUACUGAUACCGUGUUAAACUUCCUGCAGUGCUUGUUCAUUUUUUUUUUUUAAUUUGCUACUUUGUGAUGUCAAUGUCUUAAACAUUGCAUCUACAGUGUGACAUUUUUACUUGAAUCAGUUCAUAACUAAAACACUGUUGGUCUCCAUUGCACACUGGAUACUACUGGCAUUCCUCACGCCACUUUUGGAUUGAGCUGCUGCCAGUUUUCUUUUAAAAUGGUAUUAGAUUUGCAAAUGGAAGUAAAUAUACAGAUCUUGAGUGUUGUGGAUAUUCUGUCAUUCCAAAAUGACAGACCUGGCAUGAAAAUCCACAUCCGUGUUUUGAACAAGUUACCUACUGCUAUACCUGUUGUCUAUUUAAGUUUUUUUCUCACCAAUUUUCAAUUCAUAUUAGAAGAAUGUGUCUUGUGUGCUUUUUUUUGUUUGUUAAAAAUGCUGUCAAAUGUUAUUCAUUCAAACCGUUAAGUGAAAUUAAAGUGCAUUGUUUAGUAUCUCUGAGGAAUACUUAAGACAGCAGCUUAAACAAUAAAAAAUUCUGAGAAUAUGUCCAAA